ACGUCAGGGCGCGGCCUGGGGGAGGCUGUCGCGGCGAGAGCUGGCAUGUCGGCUCUGACGCGGUGCGCGCCCUUCGUUCGCGUUGGAGGCCGCCUCUUCAGAGGCCUCCGCGCGCGGGAGCCUGGAGGCGGCGGAGUUCGUCAUGCUGGCGGCGGUGUGCACAUCGAGCCCAGGUACAGACAGUUUCCCCAGCUGACCAGGUUCCAGGUGAUCCAGGCCGAAUUCUUCAGUGCAACCAUGUGGUUCUGGAUUCUCUGGCGCUUUUGGCAUGACUCAGAUGCUGUGCUGGGUCAUUUUGCGUAUCCAGAUCCUUCUCAAUGGACAGAUGAAGAAUUAGGAAUCCUUCCUGAUGAAGAAGACUAAAGGCGUCCAUUCAGCUCUUUACAAGUGGGAGCCAGGUGAGAAACUGAAGAAAUACGGACUUCAUAUUGUACAUUAAAGAUGCAAAUUAAAGUGGUUUGGUCAAGAAUGAGGAACUGAGUUUUGGGUGUUUCUGAUAGUG